AUGGACCCUUCUUCAUAUUAUGAAACCAACGACAUGUACCUCAUGUCUGUCCUCUCCUUUUCUUGCCUUAUCCUCUUUGUUGUUAUUAAGUUUGAUGCCCCGUGGUCAAAGGAGAGUUGUCUCUCAUACCUAGUAGGAGUAUGGAUUCCGUUCCAGCUGACGGCCUUAAUCCUGUUCUCUCUGCAGCACUCCCAGAGGGUCGAACUCCCACAGCAACUAGCGACAUCUGUAAAUACCAUCUUGGCCACAACAUCUCUGUUGGGGGUGGCAGUCAUCCAGAUUAUCACGAUCAUCUAUACAUUCGCAGUCCUAGGGAACGAGAUAUGGUGGAAAUCGGCUGCAGCACUUGUGUGUGUUGAAGUUGCUUUGAUUUUGAUAUUUACCAUGAUUCCGCAAGUCCCGACCCCCGUGGAGCUGGCAUAUAUCAUGCCUUUCACUUCACAAACUGCAGCUAUAGGUGUAAUCUGGGCGUCAUCUCGAGACAUAUUCCGAAACAGGAUACAGAAGAAUACGGCUGAUCAUCUGUUGGGUUUGGGCUUAAUCACUCUCCUUAUGACUCUCCAAUGGGUAUUCUUCAUGGUAAUCACAACGGUAGCCUACCGACUUCCUGAGAGCUCUAGCAACGAGCCUGCUACAACCAGUGCCUCACAGAUUGAGCUCACACCAAUGGGCGGCUCAUGCAGUAUGAAUGAACCUCCGCCCGAGAGUUCGCCGGACCUCAACGAACGAACAUCAAUCCGUUCCCGCGUAACCCUCCCUCCUGAUUGUAUACGAUCAGUUGAACAUUCUGGCAACAAACAAGACAUUGACUCGUCAGUGUAG